AUGGCUGCGUUCGGUGCUGCUAUAGAGCUCGCGUUUAGCGAUGAGAGUUCGAGUAGCAGCUCUUCCAGCUCGGACGACAGCGAUUGCGAGAUGACGCAAGUACUCUACGAAGCUUUCUUUCCAGAGGCAUUCUCAGAACCACCGCGCAAAUGUCCUAGGAUUGUCAGAUUCGUUGAGGAAGUUGUGCGGCUAUACUCGGAUGAGGAGUUUCGCAGGAACUUCGGAGUUUCUAGAAGUGUAGCGGAGGACCUGAUACGGCGGUUUGAGGACUCCGAGUUCUAUCCACGUAGUGAUCGUGGCGGGUCCCCUUCGAAAACCGCUGAAGAGCACGUUCUGAUCUUCCUUUGGUUCGCUGCAAACAAGGCGUGUCUGAGGGAUGUGGCUAGUCGAUUCGGCAUCGGGGAUGCUACGGCGUUCAGGAAUGUUGAGCGGAUGCUUGAUUAUCUAGUGGACAUCGCCAAAGAACUCAUAAUAUUCCCAGCAGACCUCAAUCAGCUGUCGGCAGACUUUGAGCAAGUGUCGGGUGUGCCCAGUACUAUUGGAUGUAUCGAUGGCUCCUAUGUAAGCGUACGAUGUCCUGCCAAGAAGGUGCGCUCUACAUAUGUAAACAGGCACAACUACCCGUCGUUGACUCUGCAAGCUGUAUGUGACUACAAGAAGAGGUUUCUUGACGUCACAAUUGGCAAUCCGAGUAAAAUUCAUGAUUCAAGGAUCUUCAGAAAGUCUAGGCUUGCCGAGUGGUUGCCUAGCAUUUGUUGCUCUGGGAGGUUCCAUGUUCUUGGGGAUGCUGCUUAUCCACUGCGUGAUUGUCUCAUCACACCAUUUCGUGACUAUGGACGUUUAGAUUCAAGACAACGAGCCUUUAACCUAAAAUUUUCGGCCACGAGGGUCAAAAUUGAGAACGCCUUCGGGGACCUCAAGGGCAGGUUCCGCGAGCUGCUGCACUUGGAUUUUUUUUUUGUUGAUAAGAUGAACAAGUUCAUCAUUGCUUGUUGUGUUUUGCACAACCUGUGUAUUAGUUGUGGUGAUGUCGAUGUGCCACCAUAUAGUGACGACGCAAGCUCAGCAUGGGACUGGCAAGCACCACCAGAUGACGACAGCCAGAACUGCGGCCCCCUGACAUCAAGUGAAGCUGCACUGCGUCGACAAGGGGAAGCGAAGCGGGAAUGCUUGCUUCAAGCAAUGUACAUUUGAGCAGGAAAUGCAAACUGGUAGCUUCUUGUGUAUGAUAUAAGGGAUAAUGUGAAUAUGUCAUGUAAAUAUUGUAAUGCAAUGAAAUUAUAAGUAAUCAAGUAAUGUAUGGAAAAUAAUUU